CCUCCCACUGAAAUGUGUCCCUUCUUCGUCCUGUCUAUAUAAGCAAUUUCGUUUUUUUUUUUUUUAAUUUAUCACUCAUUCCUUCUCCAGUAAAAAAACAGAAUGGUUACAAGAGCAAGAGGAGAAUUUGUGCUUCAACGUCUGUCUUUGUUUAUAGCAAUUCACCUUUUGCUCGCAUCUGCUAACUUCUUUAAGCCGUUCAACGUUACGUAUGACCACCGCGCGCUGAUCAUCGAUGGCCACCGCCGCAUGCUCAUUUCCGGCGGAAUUCACUACCCUCGUGCUACUCCUGAGAUGUGGCCUGAUCUGAUUGCAAAGAGCAAGGAAGGUGGGGUUGAUGUUAUCCAAACUUAUGUGUUUUGGAAUGGGCAUGAACCAGUUAGAGGACAGUAUUUCUUUGAAGGAAGAUUUGAUAUUGUCAAGUUUGUGAAGCUAGUGGGAGCUACUGGACUCUAUCUUCAUCUUCGCAUAGGUCCUUAUGUGUGCGCUGAAUGGAAUUUUGGGGGCUUCCCAGUAUGGUUGCGUGACAUCCCUGGCAUAGUAUUUCGAACAGAUAAUGCUCCUUUUAAGGAAGAGAUGCAACGGUUUGUUAAAAGGAUUGUGGAUCUAAUGCGAGAGGAAAUGCUAUUCUCUUGGCAAGGUGGUCCAAUCAUCUUGUUGCAGAUUGAAAAUGAAUAUGGAGACGUUGAACACUCAUUUGGGCCAGGGGGAAAGGAAUAUGUUAAGUGGGCUGCCAGGAUGGCUUUAGGGCUCGGAGCUGGGGUUCCUUGGAUAAUGUGCAAGCAAACAGAUGCUCCUGAAAACAUUAUAGACACAUGCAAUGCAUAUUAUUGUGACGGUUUUAAGCCAAAUUCCCAUAAUAAACCAAUACUUUGGACAGAAGAUUGGGAUGGAUGGUUUACAACUUGGGGUGGAAGACUGCCUCAUAGGCCUGUUGAAGACCUUGCCUUUGCUGUUGCACGUUUUUUUGAACGUGGAGGGAGCUUCCAGAAUUAUUAUAUGUAUUUUGGUGGAACAAACUUUGGUCGGACUGCUGGAGGCCCAUUCUAUAUAACUAGUUAUGAUUAUGAUGCUCCAAUUGAUGAAUAUGGGCUACUAAGUGAGCCCAAGUGGGGGCAUUUGAAAGAUCUGCAUGCUGCUAUAAAGCUUUGUGAACCAGCUCUAGUUGCUUCAGAUUCACCUCAGUACAUAAAAUUGGGAUCCAGGCAAGAGGCUCAUGUUUACCGUACAGAUGCUCACACUGAUGCCUUGAACUCAACUUGGCAUGGAAGUCAAAGUGGGUGCUCUGCAUUUCUUGCGAAUAUCGAUGAACAUAAAGCAGCUACUGUGAGAUUUCUUGGUCAAUCAUAUACUUUACCACCAUGGUCAGUGAGUAUAUUGCCAGACUGCAGGAAUGUUGUGUUCAACACUGCCAAGGUUGCAGCACAGACUUCUAUCAAAACUAUAGAGCUUGCUUUGCCUUAUAUCUCAGAUGUUUCUGCACCUCAGCAAUUCAUGGCUCAGAAUGAAGACUCCCAUAUACAAUUGUCCUGGUUGGCUGUAAAAGAGCCAUUUAGUAUUUGGAGUGAGAACAAUUUUACAGUGGAGGGAAUACUGGAGCAUUUGAAUGUGACAAAGGAUCAAUCAGACUAUCUUUGGUAUUUCACCAGAAUAUAUGUUUCAAAUGAUGACAUUGCAUUUUGGGAGGAAAACAAAGUUAGACCCACAGUUUCAAUAGACAGCAUGCGUGAUGUGUUACAUAUAUUUAUUAACGGCCAACUUACAAGCAGUAUGAUCGGUCGGUGGGACAAGGUUGUGCAGCCAGUUAAGUUUCAGAAGGGAUAUAAUGACUUUGUCUUGUUAUCUCAAACAGUGGGUUUGCAGAAUGGUGGUGCCUUCUUAGAAAGAGACGGAGCAGGGUUUAGAGGCCAAAUUAAGCUUACUGGAUUUAAGGACGGGGAUAUAGACCUCUCGAAAUUAUUAUGGACCUACCAGGUGGGACUUCUGGGUGAGUAUCUAAAGAUAUACACACAGGAAAAUAGUGAGAUGGUAGAAUGGACUGAUUUGACACAUGAUGAUAUUCCAUCAACAUUUACAUGGUACAAGACAUACUUUGGAGCACCAGGUGGUGCUGACCCAGUUGCUCUUGAUUUGAGAAGCAUGGGAAAGGGUCAGGCAUGGGUCAAUGGCCACCACAUAGGAAGAUACUGGACUCUGGUUGCUCCUGAGGAUGGAUGCCAAAGAAAUUGUGAUUAUCGGGGGGCUUACAGUUCUGGAAAAUGUACAACAAACUGUGGGAAGCCUACACAAACCUGGUACCACGUCCCACGGUCAUGGUUACUGGAAUCAAAUAAUUUGCUUGUCAUCUUUGAGGAGACAGGAGGGAAUCCCCUUGAUAUUUCAGUAAAGUUGCGUUCGGACAGUGUAAUCUGUGCUCAAGUAUCAGAAACCCACUAUCCACCUCUUGAGAAGUGGGUCCAUCAAGAUUUUAUUGAUGGAAGUAUUUCAGUUAAAGAUAUGACACCUGAAAUGCAGUUACGGUGUCAAGAUGGACAUAUAAUUUCAUCCAUAGAGUUUGCUAGCUAUGGAACUCCUCAAGGGAGCUGUCGAAAGUUCUCUAAAGGAAAUUGCCAUGCACCCGAUUCAUUGUCUGUUGUGGCCAAGGCUUGUCAAGGACGAAACAAAUGCAAUGUUACAGUUUCAAAUGCAGUAUUUGUAGAUGAUCCUUGCCGUGGCAUUGUUAAAACGUUGGCUGUUGAGGCAAGGUGCGCCUCAUCAAUGAAUAUCUCUGAGUAUUGACAUCAGACGCUGUCGUUGUAUCUGCUCUGUCGAAUUUUCAAGUCAAUUGGUGACAGAAAUGUUUUCAUGCUGCCACGUUAUUGGAUUAUCCGAGACUGGAGGCGUGUAUAGGUGUAAUUUUCCAUAAAAUUAACAAGGAAGCCAUUUAUUGGUAUUAAAUACAUGGUUCCGAGUUGCCACUAUCUGAUCUGAGCCGCAAUUUAAUACUAAUCUCAAAAGAUAUUAGCAUUCAGACGAGAAUUUUUGGAUCAAA